UGAUAGAGAAGUGCCGUGAAAUCGGGAAUAUUUACCUUCUUUGAGUUGGAAAAUUGUUAAGUUGGGAAGUAUUUUUUAUAUUAUGUGACAUCUCUGCUCAGUGAUAUAUUGUUUUAAAUCCAUAUUUCAGAAGAAAAGAACGCAGAAAAUAAGAUCUUUAAACUAUUUUGUGAGCAAAAAAAUAUUUUAGAGAACUAGCAUUGAGAAACAUUCGGCAACGACUGUCCUGAUAGUCGGUGUGGCCCGAAACUCCUCAAACGUGCGAGCGACUCGCGAGGACUGACCCACAGCGCGCAGACCGCUCACUCGAAAAGCGCAGAACUUGCAGCUCACCGCCGCGCACGCGCAGCCUCAGCAGCACAGCGCAGGUUGGGCUGACAGCCCCAGUCGCAGGGACAGCAGGAGAGCAUGUGUCUGGAAACAGUGGGCGUGUGGCUGCGGUCGUGGGUGGUGCAGGCCAAGGCGAGGUUCCGUUACCGCAUCGACAAGGCUCACGCGGCCAGGGCCAGGAAGCGCUGGAUCAAGCGCCAGAAAUCGGUGAUAAGGGCCAAUUAUCAGCAGGAUUGUCACAGCGACCCUCUGGACCACCUGGGUCACCAUCCCUACAAGCCCACCACCUAUGUGUCUGACAGCGAGGACGAGGAGUGUAGGCUCACCUACAACUCGGACCAGGGCGUCGGGGUGCUGUCGCCGCAGCGGCUGAGUCAGCGCCUGAACGAGAACGCCCUGGCCCGGGAGGCGGUGGGCGAGAGCGACGCGGAGCUGGCUCAGUAUCUCAAGGACGAACGCAUCGCCCUCUUCCUCCAGAAUGACGAGUUCAUCAACGAGUUAAGGACCAAUCGGGAAUUCAUGACGGCGCUGCAAGAAGAUUAUCAGUCCGAAGCAGCAGACGAUGAGGAAGUGGAUGGAACAGAAGUCAAGGGGCAGUUAGCCCACCUUGAUGAUGCUACGCUCAGAGAGAGAAUUGCUACAAUGGGUAAAGCCUCAAGGAAGAAAUUUGCACAGAUUGCAAAGGUAUUUUCACGCCGUAAGCGCAGUGGAGGGAGAAGUCUUCUCCCCAGCACAGGGAGGGAACAGCUCCUUAUAUCAGCAGAUCCUCUCAUUGAAGAUGAUGAUGAUGACAGGCAAUUACAGCAAGUGGAGGGAAAUAUGGCAGCUUCCCCAAGACACCUUCGGUAGAGGUAUGUGAAUGAUACCUGUGAUGCAGUUACAGGACCACAACCUCAGCAUGAAAAAAUCAUCUUGCGCUUAAGAUGUGACAUUGCUGUGGGUUCUGAACGACUGGCAGCGAUCAGUUUCCGAGAAAAGGAUGAGGUGUGUUUGGAUUGGGCUUUCAGAGGUACUCCACUCAAGGCAUAAUAGUGUACCUCUUGAAAGUUUACAUAUAAUAUGAUUGUUUUUUCACUUUGAGAAGCAUGUUGAUUGUUUUCUGAAUGUUGUAUUGUGAUGCAGUGAAACCAAAGCAUUUUUAAUCUGAUUUUUACCUUAUUAGUAAGUUAGUUUCAUUAUCAGUUACACUUCAAGUAUGAGGAACAUAUCUUUUCAUUUCAGCGUUACAAUAUAAUCAGGGCAUUUAUCAUUAGACUUGGUUGUACUUUAUGUAGUCAUGUCUGUGACAGAAGUAUGAAUUAUAGGUGAAAGGCUGAAUAUGAAUAUUUUCAUAAAAGAAGCUUACAUUGAAUGGUCAUAUGAACCUUUAAUUAGAAUGGUUAUCUAAUCUUUCACCUAGUUUAUCAAGAGUUCUCUGUAUACCUAAGUUCACUUUUCCCUAUGGGAAUGAAAUCGGAGUGUUAAUGACAUUUUAAGUAGAGAUAUAGGAAAUGUAUUUUUUAUUAAGAUGAUGUGAAACAAGACACAAGCAAUUUUUUUUGUGUAAUUGAAGAGAAUUUUAUAAUGAUAUAUUUACAUGUAGUUUAAAAGCAGAUUGGUAAAGUUUAUGUUGUAAUAUAUAUCAAAAUGGAAAAUGUAUAAAUAAUAAUUCUUGUAUAUUGAUAUUGGUAAGUUAAGACAGUGUUUCCCUUGAUUGGAGUAAGCAUUGCUUAUAGAAUGAGCAAUAAGCCAGAAAUGGAGAAAGGAGUUGUGCUUAGGUAGAUGGUCACAAGGAAGGGAUGAUUAGCUAGCUUGUAAUAGUCAGGCAAUUUAUGCUCUUAUGCCAUUAUUCCUGUAUGGUAGAACUUAAAGCCUUUGUUGGCCAUGGCUACUACAGCAAGAUGCAAGUCAAGAUUUUUUUCUUUUACUUUGUGCAAACAUCUGUGCUACUGUUUGAGUCACAAUAUUAUGGUCAUUUGACAUGUGUGAUAUAGAUUAUACUCAGUGCCAAGACUAGUGGAUAAUUAUUUUAUGAUAAGUAUAAAGCCUUUUCAUUUAAGUUAAGUGCAUAUGAAAUAUUUGUUGUCACUGAUUGAUGAUUCUGCUAUAACUCAGGACAAUAACACUUAUUUUUUAUCCAUCAGCUAAUGAAAUCUUCCAGUGCUCAUAAUGAAAUUUAAAGAUAAAUACUUUUGUUAAUUUUAUUGAACAUCAAGUAGAAAUGAUUGAUAAGACCUUUGCAUAUGCCUUUAAUGUAAUACAUUUCUUUUUAAACUUAACCCAUUGGUCGCGGUAUUAUGCAAUAUGGCGCGUAAUCCCCUAAUUUUAUUUAUUUUCAACUCGGGUGGUGCAUGGGACCGCACUGGAGUGUACGCGCGCAGUGGUGCUGCCUUCCCUCUUUCGCGCAAAUAUUUUGUUUACUUAUAUCUCAGAAAAAAUAAGUAUGCAAAAAUCUGCAAAAAAUUGCAAAAACCCUUGCAAAUACAUGCAAACAUGCAAACAUAUGUAAAUGCGCUCAGAAAGAGUGGCGGGCGUGGUUUUAGCACGCGCAAUAGGCGAACAACUCAUUUGGCGGUAAACAGCCCAUCGCACACGUGGGCCCGGGGGUGGUGGGCCUGGGCCCUGUAAGGCCGCAAGGGGAAUGCCGGCUUGGCGGCUGAUAUUCCCUGGCCCACUCAGCUCCCAUGCCGCGCGGCCGCCCGCUGCUCGAAGGGCAUCAGCUGUCAAUUGCACGGUGCAUCAUAUGAUGCCAUCCGCAGCCAGUGGGUUAAGCUAUAGAUUUGCAAAGGCAUAAAGUUCAGCUCAUCAUUAUCAUGCAAGUUUAACCAGAAAUGUACCAUUUUGAAAAUUACUGUGAUAUGCAAAGGAGAUUGAAACAAAUGGGCUAAUAUGGCAAUGAAGGUUGAUUAUCUUUACCAUUUUGUUUGUCUGUCUGCUUGUCAGUUAGGUGGGCAGUACUGAAUUAUUUGCGAGUAUGAGAAGGGUAUGCUAUCAUAUAAGACAUUUUUCAUGUUGGCAAAAUCUAAGUUGCAGAUGUGUUUACAAGUGCAAAAUGUGAUUUAGGAUUUUUAUGAAAGAAAUUUGAAC